AUGGAAGUACCCUCUGAUCCUGUGCCGACCGGGGAAGGGAGUGUGGGUGCCAAGGCUAUUGGCCAUGAUGUACUGUUGGUCGACAUUGCAUUCUUCCAAGACGAGCUCUACGUGGUCACCAAGGCCGACGAUCUCUUUGCCCUCCAUCUUGCUGAGGACAAGGAUGGCAAGCCCAUGAUCACUGGUGUCAAACGAAUCAUCAACCAUGCCCCCGGCCAUGAGGACGAUAUGUACUACGAAGCCGACAUGUGGAAGAGGUUGACUAAUGACAUCGGUUCAUCGAGCGACGACGAACACACUGAGAGAGACUACGAGGCAUCAUGUGAACAUGACAACCAUGACACGUUGAUUCAAGAAGACGCUCAUUACGAAUCCGCCGGUGAAGAUAGUGACAACGAACACUUGGCUUUCAGUGAAGAGGAUACAUUUUCUGAAUGUGAAGAGGGGGUGAAAGAAGGGUACGACGCCGUCCACACCAGCAGGCACCUUAUCAAGUCACAAUGUAAACUGCUCAUGGUUAAACGAGAGCGGCUGAUUGCAGCAUCCACUCCAACCGACCACACUCGCAAGAUCAAGGUGUUUGAGGCGGAUAUGGUCACAGGGACAUGGGUACCACUCAACGGUGGGCUAGGCGGCGGCCAGGCGGUACCUUUUUGUGGAGAAGUGGAAGAGGAUGUCAUGUAUUUUCUUGAUACAAAUGACGUGUUUGACAUGAGAUCCGCCACUAUUAGGCCGAUAGCCCCCAUGGAUUUGUUAGAUGACAGAUGGAGGGUGUGGGUUUUUCCACCGGACCUAGUUGUUUAA